AUGACUAACAAAAACUUUUUUGCGGGUGUAUUAGCAGCAUUUGCACUUACAUUUACAAGUUCAGCAAACGCAUACCCUGUGUAUGCACAAAACGGGUAUGAAAACCCGCGUGAAGCAACUGGACGUAUUGUAUGUGCUAACUGUCACCUUGCUCAAAAACCAGUGGAUAUUGAAGUACCACAAGCUGUACUUCCAGAUACAGUAUUUGAAGCUGUAGUGAAAAUCCCAUACGAUCAGCAGGUAAAGCAAGUUCUUGGUAACGGUAAGAAAGGUCCAUUAAACGUUGGAGCAGUUCUUAUUCUUCCAGAAGGAUUCCAAAUUGCACCUCCUGAGCGUAUUUCUUCAGAACUUCAAGAAAAAGUUGGAAAGCUUUAUUUCCAGCCAUACAGUGAAGAUAAGAAGAACAUUAUUAUUGUUGGACCUGUUCCAGGUAAGAAAUAUAGUGAAAUGACUUUCCCAAUUCUUGCUCCAGAUCCAGCAAAAUCUAAGGAUGUAAACUACCUUACAUACCCAAUCUACCUUGGUGGAAACCGUGGACGUGGACAAGUAUAUCCAGAUGGUACAAAGAGUAACAACACUGUAUACAAUGCACCAGCUGCAGGAACAGUAAGUGCAAUCAACCCAACUGAUAAAGGUUCGGAUGUUGUAAUUACUAGCACUGCUGGUGAUAAGGUAACGACUGCAAUUCCAGCCGGACCUGAAAUUCUUGUAUCAGUAGGACAAGCUGUGCAAGCAGACCAGCCAUUAACAAAUAACCCUAAUGUAGGUGGAUUUGGACAAGGAGAAACAGAAAUUGUACUCCAAAACCCAGCUCGUCUUCAGGGACUUAUUAUUUUCCUUGGUUUCGUACUUAUUGCACAAGUAUUCCUUGUACUUAAGAAGAAGCAAUUUGAGAAAGUACAACUUUCAGAGAUGAACUUCUAA